AUGAAGGUCGAAUCCGUGAAGGUGGAAGGGUACACCACCCUACCCGUCCAGCUCCCAACAACCCCCCUCUUCCCCAAACCCGCAACACACUACCUCUACAUGCGACCACACGAGCCCCGAAUCCCAGACCCAGAUUCCACCCGCUCCCUCUUCAUCGUGAAUGUCCCAAUCGACACAACAGAAGCCCACCUCCGCCACCUCUUCGGCACACAACUUGCCGCAGGCCGCGUAGAAAAAGUCCAAUUCGAAGAUGUGCAGACCAAAAAGCGCGCAGCGGCAACAACCACAGAAACCAACCUAACCCAAUCCAAAAAGAAGCGCAAGCGCGUAACCGCCGAUGACUUCGAACGCUACCUUGACGACAUCACCCUCCCCUCAACCUGGGACCGCAAACUGCAAAAGAGCGGCGCCCACGCAGUCGUCAUCUUCGCCGACAAGCCCAGCAUGGAAUCCAGUCUGAAAGCCGCCACCAAGGCCGCCAAGCGCGGCACCACCAUCGUCUGGGGUGACAGCCUGCCAACAGACCGUAUCCCCGUCCUCGGACUGAACCGGUACAUCGCGCACGAGCGCAUGCAGUACCCCGAUCGCGGGACGUUGCUGCGGGCGGUGAAUGAGUUCAUGACUACGUUCACUCAGGUAUCUGAGGCGCGCAAGCGCGAGGAUCACAAGCGUCUUGCUGUGCCGGAUGAGGAUGGAUUCGUUACUGUUUCGCAUGGACCGAAGUUGAAUUCUGUGGCGAGGGAGGAGGAGAUGAGGGAGCUUGUUGAGAAGCAGAAGAAGAAGAAUGAGGGACUUGAGGACUUUUAUCGGUUCCAGUCUCGGGAGAAGAGGAAGGAGAGACAGAACCAGUUGCUUAGGCGCUUUGAUGAGGAUAAGAAGAAGUUGGCGGAGAUUAAGGCUCGGAAGGGGAAGAUUCGACCUGAGUAA